AUGGUCAAUUGGAAAGCUCUCCAAAGUAUCAUGAUGGAGCUGGGAAUACCAAACAAAUUCAUUCACUGGAUCAUGGGCACUCUCUCCACUAUCUCUUAUGUAUUUAAUGUGAAUGGUGAAAUUACCCAAUCUAUGAAGGCUUGCAGAGGUAUUAGGCAAGGGGACCCCAUCUCCCCCUUGCUCUUUGUCCUGAUGAUGGAAUAUAUGAAUAGACUUCUUGUUAAAAUGCAAGGUGAUCAGAAGUUCAAGUUUCAUGCUAGAUGUGAGAAAGUGGGGCUGUCCAAUCUUAUAUUUGCUGACGAUAUCUUAUUAUUCUGCAGAGGUGAUGUUAACUCAGUAGAUAGAAUGCUCACCACUAUUAAAAUGUUUUCCAUGUCUACAGGUUUGAUAGUUAACCCUCAGAAAUGUAAGUUUUUCUGUGGUGGAGUAGAUAUGCCUACCAAGGCUGCCAUCAAAGCUCUAUCUGGUUUUGAGGAGGGUGUACUCCCUGUGAAGUAUCUUAGAGUACCUCUGGCUAGUAAAAGAUUAAACAUAGUUCACUACCUCCCCCUCAUCGAGAAACUCAUAGGCAGAAUCAGACACUGGACAUCCAAGCUUCUUAGUUAUGCUGGUCAAGUUCAGCUCAUUCAGAGUGUCUUAUUUGCCAUAACUCAAUACUGGCUUCAAAGUUUCCCUAUUCCUAAAUUUGUACUAACCAAAGUGGAUGCCAUUUGUAGAACUUUUUUAUGGACAUGUAAGGAUGAUAAGAGUAGGAAAAGUCCUAUUGCUUGGAACACAAUUUGCAGACCAAAGUGUAAUGGAGGGCUCAAUAUUGUUAACAUCCAUAUAUGGAAUCAAGUCACUCGGCUCAAGUGUCUUUGGAAUAUUUUUAGGAAGGCUGACAAUCUGUGGGUUACCUGGAUACAUACAUAUUAUCUGAAGGAUAAUAAUGUGAUGGAGGCAGUGGAAGAUCAGAAAUGGUCAUGGAUGUUUCAAGCUAUUAUGAGGCAAAGAGAUAACAUUUCCAAGAUUCAACAGUGUUGGGAGAAGAUGACUAGCAGGCAGUUGUUCUUUAUGAAUAAUACUUAUGACAUUCUGAUUGAUGACUUGAGUAGGGUUCCUUGGAGAUUUAUGGUUCACCAUAAUAUUGCUAGACCUCGAGCAGUUUUUACUUUCUGGAUGAUGUGCCAUGGCAAGCUUCCCACCAAAGAUAUACUAGCAAGAUUUGGAUUCAUCCAAGAUGACAUAUGUAGCUUGUGUAAGUCUGACUCUGAAUCCCUUCAUCAUAUUUUUUUCGAGUGCAGAGUUACAAAAGCCAUCUGGUGCCAUGUUCUGUUAUAUCCUGAAGUAGAUCACUGCCCCCAACAUUUUCCUGCUGAAAUGAAGUGGAUAAUUGAUAAUACAAACAAGAAAGGAUGGAAAGCAAGACUUCUGAAGCUAGCUUUCACAGAAACAGCCUAUGGUAUUUGGCAGAUGAGGAAUGCGACAAUCUUUGACAAGCCUGGAGCUCAUACAGUUGAGAGGAUUAUUGAUAACAUUAUAUAUAGAGGGUGGAUUGAUAAACAAAUUAGAACACACAUAGCUAGACUUAUGAUGUAA